UGAGCGGUUGCGAUACACCGGAUUUCUAUGCGCGUAGUCGCGCAUGCGCGAAUGCGAUACGGCCAACAUGGCGCGAAACUCCGACAGCCGCAUCGCAGCCGUGUCUAUCCGCUCUCGGUUGUGCAUGGACGAUGAUUUUGAAACUGCCUCCUACGUGCUCACAGCCGUUGAAGAGCUGUCCUUUGUGCAAUUUGCAGUGACCGUCGAGUGUCAGGACACUCUCCGUCCUGGUGCGAGAUGCGAGGAUAGCCUCGAUGAAGCAAGCAGGUGUAACUUUGUCCCGAUGUAAUAAACGCAACCAAGGAACCCGUUCCCGUCAAGCGAUCGCCGUCGCAGUAGCGCUUGAGAACGCACGAUCGUUAGUCUUGGAGUUUAUAGUCAGCGAAUUGUAAGGAGAAAAAUCAGCAAGUAUGACUCCGAGGAUAGUCGUUGUCGGUUCGUGCAUGAUUGACUUCACCUGUUUCUCCCAUCGUCUGCCUAAGCCCGGCGAGACAAUAAUCGGAACUAGAUUCGAAAAGAAGUACGGCGGCAAGGGUGCCAAUCAGUGUGUGGCCGCUGCCAAACUUGGUGCAUCCACUGCACUUGUAGCCUCAUUGGGUUCCGACAUGUUUGCGCAAGAGUACUUAGAGAUUUUGAAAAAAGAAAAUGUAGACACGUCUCAUGUCAGGAUACAAAAAGAUAAACACAGCGGUGUUGCCCACAUUACUGUCGCCGAGGAUGGCGAGAACAGUAUCGUUAUCGUGUUAGGCGCCAAUGAGUCAUUGACGCCAGAACACGCGGACUCCGCCGUUGAUGUGAUCAAAAAUGCCAGCGUCUUGCUAUGCCAGUUUGAGACUCCGCUGGAGGCCACGUUGCGCGCGUUGAAGUUACACCGCGGUCACGCAGGACUGUCGAUUGUCAACGGAGCGCCCGCGAUCGAGAGCGUCGAUCCGGAGAUCCUGCGGUCGUGCGAUAUUUUCUGCGCCAACGAGACGGAGGCGGAAGUUAUGACGGGCGUUCGACCCGUUGACCUGUCGAGCGCGCAGCAAGUCGCCGACAAGCUCCUGGCCAAGGGAUGCAACGCGAUCAUACUGACUCUCGGGCCGCUCGGGGCUGCCUACGCGUCGACGACGAGCAGGAUUGUCACGUGGAUUCCCACUACCGCGGUUGCAGCUGUGGACACUACCGGUGCCGGAGAUGCGUUUCUGGGUGCGCUCGCGUACUUCAAGGCGUAUCAUCCACAACUACCGACGGACGAGUGCGUCCGAAGAGCUUGCAUCGUCGCCACGCAGUCUGUCCUUAAAUUCGGCACGCACGCGAGCUUUCCCACGAGAGGCGACCUCCCGGCGGACCUGUUCGCGUAGAUCGAGCGGGUAAUUAUCGAGUUUCCUUUUCAUCUCGCCGACGACUUGUCGCAUUUGCUCGGAACCCGUUUCCCAUAUAUGUACGUUUGGGCUUUUCCGAAACGUCGCAAGGUGUUUUUUAUGAAUAAAGGGAUGCGAGUUUUAGCUGGAAA